AUGAGUCUUGCGACUUCACCUCUUGACGCACUGCCAGGUGCAGCAUUGCAAGCGGAUGCUCUCGGCACGGUGCUGGAUUCUCACCUGGGCCCCAGCCGACAUGCGCCAUCAAACCCUGAGCGCGGCCGAGUCAGCACAAGCCUUGGUGCGACAUUGAUGCGUUCACCUCGUGCUCAGUCAUACGUCACUCCCAUACGAGAGUCUGACGAGUAUGAGGCCUUACGGCGCAUCCACUUUCCAAAGUAUAUAGACAUCAACACAGACUUUAUGGGCCAGAGCCCUUGGCACGAGCCGAUGAUGGUUGACGUGGAUACUCAGGAGCGGAAGGAUCCGUAUCGUCACACAUUGGCUGUUCCUGUGCGCAGCUACCGUCAUGCGAGGCAGCGCUCGCGAACUAUUCAGGAAGACAAAGAGCUGGUUGAUUCUCAAACAUACGACCUUGCUGAGGAGGCACAGCCUUUAGCAUCUCAGUCCUCCUGGGAUAAUGUGGGGAACGUGAACUUUCGUGUCAGAAACACGUUUAUUGAAGUGGACGAGACUGGAUCGGAGAGUUGUGCGGAUCUCCUCAGCCCACCCCACAUGCGAUGGCGACCCAGCCAUUUACGCUGCGCUUCGGAGCCAGUGCCAGUUCAGUCAUUCGAAGGUUUCCGCAGUGCGGUGCACAGCGGAAGCGGGUUCCAUUCCAGGACCAGCAGCUACCAAGCCGAGGAGCCCCUGGACAUGCAAGCGAUGCUUCAAGCGCCCCCUGCUCGAGAGCACGAAGCGAAAGCAUCACCCGAAAGACAGGAGAGAGAGAGGGCGGAGCUCCGGGAGGCGAAUUUGAAUGGCAAAGAUGCCUUCAAGGAAUCACUCUCGAGAGAGUGCACCGGCGCUGCGGUGAAGACCCAGUGCAAGUGGCAUCUCCGUGGGACGUGCAAAUACGGAGCCGCCUGUCGUUUCUCCCACGACCGGUCGCAGAAGCCGAGUGCCAACAGCGAGCUUCAGAAAGCCACUGGACCUCUCCCAGCAGGCCUGGUCCCGGGUCCGCUGCCCGUUGGUCCUCACGCUCCGGAGGCCAAGCCACAGACGCCGGGUCCACUUCCGAGGCCAAGCGAGCAGACUGCAAGCAGAUGCCGCAGCGCCAGUCCUGUCAGCACGACAGCUGGCAGUAGCGCCGGUGAGGAGCCGGGUGCCGGCCAACGGCCCAGCCAGUCUGAGAAGCCUCAUCAGGUCUUUUGGUGUGAUGCCCGUGCCUUCAAACAAGAGUUCCAAGGGUUGCGGGAGCAACUCGAAACGUCCAUUGGCAUGGCAGCAAAGUCGCACAAGACCGCCGAGAAGUGCAUGAGGUUGCUGAAGAAGAAGCAACGGGUUCGGGCAGAGCGCGGUCGCGGUGUUCAGAAGGCCCGACCUUUGGUUUUCCUGGUGUCUUGGGCAAACGCACAGGAGCUGGUUGGCUUCCUUCAAGAAGCCGCCCACAUGCCGCCGCUGAAGGUCGUGGUCUUGUGCGACACGAACGGAGCUCGGACAAGAGCUGCAGCCGAGAGGUGGUCCAAGGACAUUUCCCUGAUCGAGCAUGUGGCUGCAACUUGGCCCGAGGCGGUCCAGGUGGUCUCGGACCUGCUUUCGAAGUCCAUCUCAACCGCUUAG